AUGAUAUCAGCCACACGACGCUGGCUCAGGCGGAAUCGCAAUGGUAUUGCCAUUGGUGCUGGCGCCAUAGGUGUCACAUAUCUCGCUGGUCAGUAUGUCCUGGGCAAGAUCAAUGAAGCCAGAGAGCGCAUGCAGAUGGACAGGAUAGCGAAAGAGAACAUCCGGCGGCGCUUCGAACAAAACCAAACGGAUUGUACAAUCACUGUCCUCGCACUCCUACCCACACUGACUGAGAAUAUCCUGGAAGAACUCCCAGUCGAGCAAUUGACUCAUGAAUUACAACAGAAGAAGGCCGAAAGGCUGGCACGUGCUUCAGGAGAAGGAAAGUCGGAGGCUUCGAGUAUACAGGAUGGCGAUAAUGCAAGUCUAUCCAGUUUCCAAACCACCAGUUUCGCCCACACCAGUCAGAUCACUGGCCAACCUUCAUCAUUACCGAGAAGGACCAAAGCACAACUAUGGACCGAAGUCAAGGUCACCUCUAUCACCAGAGCUUUUACCUUAAUCUACAGCUUGUCUCUUCUCAUUGUCCUGACUCGGAUUCAACUGAACCUGUUGGGUCGUCUCAAUUACUUAUCGUCCGUCAUCUCCCUAACCCAGCCACCUCCUCCAGGCCGGGCCAACUCUAUUUCUCUCGAAGAUCAUGAUAACGGAGGUGCAGGCACCGGUUUCGGCAACGAUUUCGAAACCAAUCGGAGAUAUCUGACCUUCUCCUGGUACCUGUUGCAUAGAGGAUAUGCACAGAUCAUGGCCAGAGUGCGAACAGCUGUAGAAGAGGUGUUUGCAAAUAUUUCCCCCAGUGAAGGCAUCACUGCUGCAAGGCUGAGCGACUUGGUUCUUUCUGUUCGGAAGCACGUGGAGGGCAACACCGAGGAGCAGAGAUAUGCUACUCGAUGGCUCCCCUACGUCCUACCACCCCGAGAAGAGGAAGAAGCCGUACUGGUGGAAUCGGGUGUCAUCACUCCACCACCUUCAUCUCCAGGUCACUCUUCCGGCGACCUUCUGGAUCAUGGUGCAGGCUCUUAUGUGGACACAUCCACAGGGCCUCUGCGCCUAUUAUUGGAUGAAACAGCGGACCUGAUCGAUUCUCCCACCUUUACCAGAAUUCAUUCAUUACUCCUCGGAUCCAUGUUCUCACAUCUCAUCGACAGCCGCAUCAUCCCUAAGGCAUAUCCACAACAUCAACCACAAUCACCUUCUUCCUCACUCUCAAAUAUACCACACCCUCGCAUUCAGGAACUUGACUCGGCAGUCACAGUCGUGCCAGGAGAACCCAGAGUGAAGCUGGCCAAUCUUCUGGCCGUAUUUACCCGUCAAGCGCAUGCGAUAGGCAACGGAAACAAUCCCCCCAAUGAGUACGUGUCCACCGCGGAAGCUGAAGUGCGGGAGCUGGAAGCUUUUGCGGCUGUGAUCUACGCCAGUAACUUAGACCAAAACAUUGAAGACCACCAGUCACGCUCGGGCGAAAGCUCGAUCAAGGCAUCAAGUGGCGUUGGUGUCAGUGAGGUGGGCACAGAACCCGUGGAUGAGAUGAUUGAAAGCAAGUUGGAGAGUGCGUGGGAGAGGAUUUCAGGCUCAGCCAUAUCUACGAGAUGA